UGGGCGAACCGGCACCGCGAACUGGAGGCCGCGCUGCACAGUCGCCAGCAUGACAUUGAACAGGAGGACCCCCGGGGACGGACACCCCUUGAGCUAGCCGUGUCCCUGGGGAACCUGGAGUCGGUGAGAGUCCUUCUUCGACACAAUGCCAACGUGGGCAAAGAGAGCCUCCAGGGCUGGGCAGUCCUGCAGGAGGCAGUCAGCACCGGUGACCCUGAGAUGGUACAGCUGGUCCUCCAGUACCGUGACUACCAGCGGGCCACACAGAGGCUGGCUGGCAUUCCAGAACUGCUCAACAAACUCCGCCAGGCCCCCGAUUUCUACGUGGAGAUGAAAUGGGAGUUUACAAGCUGGGUGCCCCUGGUAUCCAAGAUGUGCCCAAGUGAUGUGUACCGUGUGUGGAAGCGUGGGGAGAGCCUGAGGGUGGACACCAGCCUCCUGGGUUUCGAACACAUGACCUGGCAGCGUGGCCGGAGGAGCUUUAUCUUCAGGGGCCAAGAGGCGGGAGCCCUGGUGAUGGAGGUGGACCAUGACCGGCAGGUCGUCCACACAGAGACGCUGGGGCUCACUGUGCAUGAGCCCGAAGCGCUGCUGGCCGCCAUGCGGCCCAGUGAGGAGCAUGUGGCCAGCCGCCUCACCUCCCCAAUUGUCUCCACCCACCUGGACACUCGGAACGUGGCCUUUGAGAGGAACAAAUGUGGGAUCUGGGGCUGGCGAUCCGAGAAGAUGGAAACUGUUAGCGGCUACGAGGCCAAGGUGUACAGUGCCACCAACGUGGAGCUGGUGACACGCACCCGCACAGAGCAUCUGUCUGAUCAAGACAAGUCGAGGAGCAAAGGGGGCAAGACUCCGUUUCAGUCCUUCCUCGGAAUGGCCCAGCAGCAUUCCUACCACAAUGGGGCCCCUGUACAGCAGGCAUCCAGUGCCACCAACCCCACAGCCAUUUCUCCCGAUGAAUACUUUGACCCCAACUUCAGCCUGGAGUCUCGGAACAUUGGCCGCCCUAUCGAGAUGUCCAGCAAAGUACAGAGGUUCAAGGCGACCCUGUGGCUGAGUGAGGAGCACCCACUGUCCCUGGGGGACCAGGUGACCCCUAUCAUCGACCUGAUGGCCAUCAGCAAUGCCCACUUUGCCAAACUCCGAGACUUCAUCACCCUGUGCCUCCCUCCUGGCUUCCCCGUCAAGAUCGAAAUCCCCCUCUUCCACGUGCUCAACGCCCGCAUCACCUUCAGCAACCUGUGCGGCUGUGAUGAGCCCCUGAGCUCCGUGUGGGUGCCAGCCCCUGGCUCUGCGGCCUCAGGGAGCCCGUUUCCAUGUGAGGUGGACCCUGCCGUGUUCGAGGUGCCCGAGGGCUACAGUGUGCUGGGCGCAGAACGCAGUGAGCCCCUACGGGACGAGGAUGAUGACCUGCUGCAGUUUGCCAUCCAGCAGAGCCUUCUCCAGGCUGGCACUGAGGCAGAGCAGGUGACCGUCUGGGAGGCCCUGACCAGCGCCCGGCCUGGGACCCACCCGCCCCCCCAGCCCACGGUGUACGAGGAGCAGCUUCAGCUGGAGCGAGCCCUCCAGGAAAGCCUGCGGCUCUCCACGGAACCUGGGGGCCCAGGGUCCCCACACAGGACGCCUCCUUCCCCAGUACCUCCAAGCUUUGAGGAGCAGCUUCGCUUGGCCCUGGAGCUGUCUUCAAGGGAGCAGGAGGAGCGGGAACGGAGAGGACAGCAGGAGGAGGAAGACCUGCAGCGGAUUCUGCGACUGUCACUCACAGAGCACUGAGGCAGGCCCGGGGAGGGCUGCCACCCCUCUGCUUUUAUAAUUUAUUUAUUUAUAAACUGUGUGCUGCUGAGCUUGGGGUCUGGAGCC